GUCACAGCAGAUGGAUACACUGAGCUGAGUGACACUAACAAGGUUUUGAUAGUGGAUGAGAGUAAAAUGAUGGAUAUAGUGGAUGGAUAUGGAGAUAUGGGUGUCAGGCAUCUCAAGGCCCUUCAUCAGAGCGGCAGGCAGACUUCCACAGCAGGAGAAGAAAACACAGGUGAACUGGCACCAUGAGACUCUCAUCAGCCUGGACAGCACUCAUUUUCAUUCUUAUUCAAAGAGCAUCAAGAGCCUGCACAGUGAAGAAACUGGGCAGCAGCACAGGAAGAUUUGCCAAUGCCACAUUAGUGCGGCUAUCUGAGUUUUUGAGUGCGGGGUAUAAGAAGGGAGUGAGACCAGUGAAAGACUGGAGGACGUCCACUAUAGUGGCCAUAGAUCUCAUGGUUUACUCCAUCCUCAAUGUGGAUGAGAAGAACCAGGUUUUGACAACAUAUGUGUGGUACAGACAGUCGUGGACAGAUGAAUUCCUGGUCUGGAACCCAGAAGACUUUGAUGAAGUCAAACAAGUUUCUAUACCUACCGCUAAUGUAUGGGUGCCUGACAUCCUCAUCAAUGAGUUUGUAGAUGUGGGGAAGUCUCCAGACAUACCUUAUGUCUAUGUGACACAUGAUGGACUGGUGCGCAACUACAAGCCCAUCCAGGUGGUCACAGCCUGCACUCUCAACAUCUACAACUUUCCAUUUGAUGUCCAGAAAUGCAGCCUCACCUUCCAGAGCUGGCUACAUACCAUUGAUGACAUCAACAUCACCCUGAUGCGAAGCCCUGAGGAGCUCAGGGAGGACAAGAGUGUCUUUAUGAACCAAGGAGAGUGGGAGCUGCUUCAUAUACUGUCCAACUACAAGAUCUUCAGUGUGGACAAUGAUGACUAUUAUGCUGAGAUGAAGUUCCAUGUGGUGAUCCGACGGCGGCCAUUGUUCUACACUGUGAACCUGCUGCUGCCCAGUAUCUUCUUGAUGGUGAUGGACAUUGUGGGUUUCUAUCUGCCACCAGACAGUGGAGAAAGGGUUUCCUUCAAGAUCACUUUGCUGCUGGGCUACUCUGUCUUCCUCAUCAUUGUAUCUGACACUCUGCCUGCCACCGCCAUAGGAACCCCGCUGAUAGGUGUGUACUUUGUGGUUUGCAUGGCCCUCCUGGUGAUCAGCCUAACAGAAACCGUGCUGAUUGUGCGUCUGGUCCACAAGCAAGACCUGCAGCCCCCUGUUCCCCACUGGGUGAAGUACGUGGUGCUGGAAAGAGCUCCAGUCCUCUUCUGCAUCCACAAGAAGCACCGCCUCUGCUCCACACUGUCCUCCCAGGCCUCCGACCUGGAGCACUACAAGGACAACUACGGGACUGCCCAGUGCACCCUCCACCACACCUGUGAGAUAGGCCGAAGGCAUAGCCAUCAUGACAGGGAAGACGGGCUGCUCGGGCUGGGCCUUCCCCCCUCCAGGGACCCCACACCGCCUGUCAUGGACAACAUCCUACAGGAAGUGACAGCGAUACGCCACUUCCUGGAGAAGAGGGACAGGUGCCGGGAAGUUGCCAAGGAGUGGCUGCAGGUCGGCUAUGUGCUGGACGUGCUGCUCUUCAGAGUUUACCUAGUGGCUGUGGUGGCCUACAGCAUCACACUGGGCACGCUGUGGUCAGUGUGGCAGGUCGCCUGAGUCUCACCCCUGUACUGCUGUGGACACAAGCUCAGUGGGUAGAGCGUGGGAUUAAAAAGGCCAGAGUUAUUGGCUCUAUGCCCUGUGUAGCUCAGUGGAUACAGGGAGGCACUCACAUAGUAAUGGAACAGGGAAAGGCUUCCUGUAGUUGGGGCCUAUGUACAAAGGUUAAGUAACCAACUGGGUUUGCCACUAUAUCCCUACAAACAUUAAUAUUAUCAUCAUCAUUUUAGGUUUGAUCAGAGAGUUUUAAAGUUACAUGAUAUAAGUGCAAUCCGAGAUGCUUUUCAGCGCCAGCCCAAGGCAAGCAGAAACUGACAUACUGCCCCACACACUUAGAAAUGCAAUUAUUGUUCAUCCUUAUGAAGGAUUAAAAAGGAUGACAGAAGUAGUAACAAAAAAAAACCAAACAAAAUAUUUUAGUUAAGGGAACCACUUUAAUACCGCUGGCCCAUCUCCCUAUAAGACAAACAAACAAAGAUUAAUUUACAAUAAAAUAAAAAGUUAAAAAUACUUGAACCUGGUAAAACAUUUAAGUAUCUGUUAAGUUUCUUUUUCAUAUUAAGUGCAAAUAUAAAGAGUUCUAGAAAAAUCCCCAUACAUUUAUUUACUUAAAUUACGUCUGGUUAUGUUUAGAAGAAUAAAUGUCUUGGGGGUAAAGGCGUUUAGGAUAAAAUUUAAAACAAACAUGUAAUAUCGCCACGAUAAUUUGUGCCUUUAAAAGCUUACUAUUGGCCAAACCUGAGAAGAAACCAGACAAACUGUUGUGAUAAAGGUCAAACCUGGAAAUAACCAGCACUAAUGAUACAGUUAAGAAUAAAAUUUGGACUAAGAGACAGGUUGGUGUGCAGUAAGAUAUUUGUUAACUUUCAAGUUUUAAUAUUGCUGUUAUUGCAGUGUAAAACAUCUAUAUAAAUAUUUAAAAUAAGUAUUUACAUGGAUGAAUAAAUAAGGAAUUUAUAUUAGUGAAGUAAUAACUGUAUAUGAUGACCUGUUUUGCACUACAUGUAUAUUAAGGAAAGCAUUUGACUGCAUGUCCCCUUGCCUUGAAUGUGGAAUUAUAGAUAUUCACACAGAUUGUUGAAGAGAUGCAUAUUAUUUGUUUAUUUUCACGUAAUGGUCACAAGUCUGUAAGUGAAAUGGUGGAAACUUGUAGAGCUUCAAAUACAUAUCAAUAUAAUGUUUAACUUUAAUGUGUAACCUCAUAUUAUGUAAUCUGUCUAAAAACUAUUAUAAUGUUGUAAUAUGAUUUUCGUAACUCACAGCUUGGAUAAAGGUUUCUGUGUACAGUAACUGAUGUGUGCUGUAACGUUUUACAAUUUUUUACUUUUUAAUCAAUUGUGUAGCUAUGUCAACAAGAGAUGAAAUGUAAUUAUACACAGUGAAAGAGAAGGAAUUGCAUAUAUUUCAAUAAAUGUAACAAUGUUUCAUUCUUAUAAGCACUUAUGUGCCCAUAUGUGUUCAGCAACUAAAUAAAGCAUUUACCCUC